ACGCGGCAGUGUGUGUGUGUGUGUGUGUGUGGACGCGGCAGCGGGAUGGAGGAGGUUCGGAGAGCCGGGUCCGCGGGUCAGGCGGCGGGUCGGAGCGGGACUCUGCGUCCGGUGGAGGAGCUUCAGGAUCUGGAGGAGCUCGAGCGCGAAUUCCGCCAACUCUGCGACCAGGAGGCGGAGGUGCAGGCGGAGCUGGAGGCCCUGGCAGGUCAACAGAGCACUAUUGAAACCAAGAUGCUGGCCUUACAGAGACUGGGUCCGAAUCUGCAGCUGAUCGAGGGCGACGCUGCUCAGCUCUCCGGCAUGAUCAGCUUCACCUGCAGCCUCGCCGAGAACGUCAGCAGCAAAGUCCGGCAGCUGGACCUCACCAAGAAAAGGCUGUAUCAGGCGAUCCAGAGGGCCGAUGAUAUUCUGGAUCUGAAGUUCUGCACAGACGGAGUUCAGACCGCCCUGCGGAACCAGGACUACGAACAGGCUGCGGCUCACAUCCAUCGCUACCUCUCUCUCGACCAAUCAGUGAUCGAGCUGAGCAGACAGGGCGGAGAGAGCUCUGCCGUUGAUGCCAGUCUGGCGCUGCUGCAGGAGGCGGAGCUUAGUCUGAAGUCGCUGGUGACGGAGCGGUUGGAGGAGGCGGUGGCGGCGUGUGAUCUUCCUCAGGUGGAGAGAUUCUUCAAAAUCCUCCCACUGCUCGGCCUCCACGACCAGGGACUCGCCCAGUUCUCCCAGUACCUCUGCAGCCAGUUGGCGGGUAAAGCGGAGGAGAACCUGCUGCUGGCAGUGGGAUCUGAUCUCAGUGAGCGCAGAGCUCCUGUGAUCUUCGCUGAUACGCUCACACUGCUGCUGGAGGGUAUUGCGAGGAUUGUGGAGACUCAUCAGCCGAUAGUGGAGACGUAUUACGGUCCGGGUCGGCUUUACACGCUCAUCACACACCUGCAGAGCGAGUGUGAUAAACAAGCCCAGAGAGUGGUGGAUAAAUUCAUUCAGCAGAGAGACUAUCACAACAAGUUUCAGGUGGUACAGAGCAGUAUGAUGAGAGGAGUUCCUGCUGAAAAGAUCGAACCGAGAGAGCUGGACCCGGUGUUGUGCGAGGUCACGCUGAUGAACUCCAGAGCUGAGCUGUAUUUGAGGUUUCUGAGGAGAAGAAUUACGGCUGAUUUUGAGGUUGGAGACGCGACAGCAGCCGAUUCAGUGAUCCAGGAGCAUCAGCAGGUUCUGGAUCAGCUGCUGAAGGACUGUCAGCUCAGCAGAACCAUGCAGGAACUGAUCGGCUUCUACAUCCCCAUGGAGGAGUAUUACAUGAGAGAGACCGUCAACAAGGCCGUGGCGAUGGACACGGCGGAGGCGGGGCAGCUGAGCUCCAGCAUGGUGGACGACGUCUUUUACAUCGUGAAAAAGUGCAUCAGCCGAGCUCUGACCAGCGGCAGCUCCGACUGCAUCUGCGCCAUGAUCAACCACGCCACCAGCGUCCUGGAGACCGACUUCAGGGAGGUGCUGGUGUGUAAGCUGAGAGCAGGGUAUCCGGCGAGUGCUCUGCAGGAUCUUCAGAGGGGGGUGAGCAGUGCGGUGAGUCUGAUGCAGAGCAGCCUGCAGCACGGAAAGAUCCAGAACAUCGGCAUCGAGAGCCAGGAGCAAGCCAAGAGCGCCUACCUGGUGACUCUGAAUAAUGUGGAGGUGUGCAGUGAGAAUAUCAGCACUCUGAAGAAGAACCUGGAGAGUGAUUGUGCCAAGCUGUUCAGUCAGGGGGCGGGGUCAGAGCACGCUCAGGCAAAGAUAGACAGCUGUCUGUCUGACCUGGUGAACACCUCCAGCAAGUUCAAGGACCUUCUACAGGAGGGGCUUCAGGAGCUGAACAACACGGCCAUCAAACCACAAGUGAAGCCCUGGAUCAGCAACUUCCUGUCUGUGUCACACAAUAUUGAGGAGGAGGAGUUCAGUGAAUAUGAAGCGAAUGAUCCGUGGGUUCAGCAGCUCAUCGUCCAGCUGGAGCAGCUCAUGGCUGAAUUUAAGGUUGGAUUGUCUCCUCUGAUCUACGACACUCUGAGCAGCCUGAUGACCAGUCUGAUCUCCAUCCAGCUGGAAAAGACUGUGUUUAAAUGUACCUUCAGCCGGCUGGGUGGUCUGCAGUUUGAUAAGGAGCUGCGGUCGCUGGUGGCGUACCUGUCGUCCGUCACGUCCUGGACCAUCCGAGAUAAAUUUGCACGACUGACGCAGAUGGCAACAAUCCUCAACCUGGAGAGGGUGUCGGAGAUCCUGGAUUACUGGGGGCCGAACUCGGGCCCUCUGACGUGGCGCCUGACCCCGGCGGAGGUGCGGCAGGUCCUGGCGCUCAGGGUGGAUUUCCGCAGUGAGGACAUCAAACGAUUACGACUUUAAUACUCUACCACCGGCCGGAGUGGAGAUACGGGGUUUUGUCUGUGAGGGAUCUGUGUGUGAUUUACGUUUAUUAAUCAUUAAUAUACAUUUAUUUACAGAAACGGGAUAAACCCGUACUGCAGGGUUUCAACUGAUUAAAACUGAUUGAUCUGUUUGUAUUUAUAGAUUUAUUUCUGAAUUCUUAUUAAAUGUCGUAAAUGUAUGAUAUGGUUUUUACUAAACUCCACAAAAAGAGGUUCUUUCCUACAGUCACAUGAUCUGGACCAUAUUUCUGGUGUCAGUGUGGACAAUGUCAUGAAAAUAAAAUUUAACAAAUCAUGAAAUGUUUGCUGUAAUAAAUACUGAUAAUAAAAUAUUGAAAUUGUG